AUGGAGAUGGGAAAAAAUGCGACUCAUGCCUUACGAAAACUCCUCGUCUGGGCUCCAAUCGUCGUGCUGAUCUGGAAUUUCGGCCAAGUUCUGGGUUGCAACGAUGGCCUUCACAAACGAUCUCAGCCUUCUGCUACUCCACCUCCCGGGGCUCCGAACCGUCAACUGGAAUGGGGAGAUCUUAAUAUUCUUCAUACAACCGAUUCUCACGGCUGGUUACUUGGUCAUCUGAAAUCCGAGCAACCCGAACCGAACUACAGUGGUGAUUUUGGCGACUUUCAUUCUUUUGUUCGCCGAAUGAAAGAGAAAGCGAGUCAGAAGGGCGUUGAUUUAUUAGUUGUGGAUUCGGGUGACUUGCAUGAUGGCAAUGGCUUGAGUGACGCCGAACCGUAUGUCCAUCCAGGUACCCCACGCGGUUCCACCUCGAGCAAAAUCUUCACACGUGUCCCUUAUGAUAUUUUGGCUAUCGGAAACCAUGAGCUCUACGAUUUGCCGAUAGCACAGGACAUGCACGAUAAUUUCGCACCCUCCUGGAAGGGCUCGUAUCUAACGUCGAACGUCAAUAUCACCACCUCCGGUACCUCUGUUCCUUUAGGCUCCCGAUACCGCAAAUUCGUAACCGAGCAGGGCCGGAAAGUGACCGCAUUCGGCAUCAUCUUCCACUUCACCGGCAAUGCAAACGGGACGACCGUCCAACCACCGUCUGAGCUCGUUUCAGAACCUUGGUUUAAAGAGGCCAUUCGAGAUAAACCUGAUCUCUUUCUUCUUGCCGGACACAUGGGAAUUCGCGACCCAGAUUGGAAAAUCGUCUUAGAUUCCAUUCGAGCUAUCCAUCCAGACGUCCCAGUGACAAUUUUAGGAGGCCAUUAUCAUAUUCGUGAUUGUCAACAAUUGGAUGACCGGUCCAUGUCCCUGGCUAGUGGAAGAUACAUGGAGACUCUAGGAUGGAUGAGCUUGAGUGGCCUGGACAAUCCCGGAAAAAAGCCCAAGUUUUCUCGACGUUACCUCGAUGCUAAUCGCGUAACUUAUCAAUUCCAUGCUGGUGACAAAUUUGACACGAUCGAGGGAGUCCAAACCACCCAGAAACUGACCAGAGCGGCCGAGGAAUUUGACAUCUAUCAUAGGUUUGGCGUUGCACCUCACUCAUUUUUCGGAUAUCGAGUUCCAUCGACCUCGAAGGAGUCUCUCAGCUAUCUAUUUACUGGACCGGAUGGGGUCCUGGAGACUGUUGUCAAAAAUCCCAAACGGAACAAUCCAAUGCUAGGUAUCGUUCACACCACAGCCAUGCGAGCUGAUUUGUAUGCCGGUAACUUCACUUCCAACGACCAAUUUAUUACGAUGCCCUUCAACAACUCGUUUCAAUACGUUCCCGACGUGCCUCGAGUGACGGCAGAAGAAAUCUUAGGAAUAUUAAAUGCUGGUGGUCCAGUGCGGAGCAAGGCACAGCUGAGCCGACUGAGGCGACAUUUGGAAACGAAAGAAGGCAUCCCAAGGGACCAAAACUUCCAUCUCGGCCACGACGUCACCGACCAUUAUCUUAACUGGAUGCGCCUCCAAUUCGAAGAUCACCAUCACCAACAGUCCGUCCUCUCCGGCCGCUCGAGUCCUCAGAUCCCAUCGACUUCCUACGGGUAUGUCACCAAAGAUCAAUGUCCGGGCUAUGGCGACGACGUCAUCCACACCCCUCUUCCGGUCGUCGAUCAGACCGAAUACGUGGCCACUACAAUUCCUAAUGACUCGUCUGAUCUCAUUGAUGUUGUAUUCGAUAGCUUCACCGCGAAGUUUGUCUUAACGGCCUUGAACGAAGCCCGGACUCUGACCAUCUCGUCACCGACUCAUGGGCACAAGAAUUACACGAUGGAAGAUGUGGAAGAAUACAGUCCGUUAAAAACCAACCAAAUCCUUGGGAUUUAUGCUCAAUCUAAAUGGAAUAAUUAG